AUGCAGAGGCUCGAUACAGGGAUCAACUCGGUGCUUCUCACGCGCAAAGCGAGAGCGAGCUAUGGCGUCAUAGGGAUGGUGAAGUAUAACGCCGAGAAGCAUUUCAAUCAGGAUAUCUACGAGGACAAGUUCGACGGACAACGAUAUGCGUUGAAUCAAAUCAACUGGCUCAUCAAGAAGGGGGACAACGUCGAUCCAAAUGUGCCUGUUGCCUCUCCUUAUACCUACAACAUCGACUCUAAGAAGAGUAUACGCGAAUGGGACUGUACAUUCGUGAUCUCCCAGAGCGACCCGGCAUUUCUACCUACUAGUGCAAAAGACAGUAAGCAAUCCAUUGACUCCUUCCCGGUAUGA